AUUGACGAUUGAAAUCAUCGCAGUUGCCAUUCCAAGGCUGAGCCAGAAUAAGCAUCAUCUUUGUUCCAAAAGUCCAAAGUCUAAGCAUGAGUUUCUUCACCCGCUUACUUCUCAUCCAACUCCUCAUUUUCCAGUGCCUCUCACUUCUCUGUCUCGCUCAAGAUUUCGAUUUCUUCUAUUUUGUUCAAAGCUGGCCGGCAUCUUACUGUGAAGCUUCUGGGAGGAGUUGCUGCUAUCCCCGCACCGGCAAACCAUCCGCCGACUUCAAAAUCCACGGCCUUUGGCCUAAUUACAACGAUGGCACAUACCCCUCUAAUUGUGACUCGUCCAACCCCUUCGAUCGAACUCAGAUAUCAGAUUUGGUGGGGAGUACGCAGAAGAACUGGCCGUCGCUAGCUUGUCCAAGCAGCGACAGCACAAAGUUCUGGGCGCAUGAGUGGAACAAACAUGGAACUUGCUCGGAGUCGGUGCUGGACCAGCACGGGUAUUUUGAGACCACUUUGAGCCUUAAAAACCAAGCCAACAUUCUGCAAGCUCUUCAAACCGCAGGAAUAAAUCCAGAUGGAAGACACUAUAGUUUGGAGGAAAUUAAGAGGGCCAUAAAACAAGGGCUAGGGCUGGCACCAGGAAUCACCUGCAACGUCGAUGGAUCCGGCAACCGCCAGCUGAAUGAGGUUUAUUUGUGCGUCGAUUCUUCUGCCUCAAACUUCAUAGAAUGCCCAAUUUUCCCCGAUGGAAACUGCGCUUCCACCGUUGAGUUUCCCAGAUUUUAGGAAGAAUUUGAUCCAUGCCAAAUAAAUAAUAUAUGUCUCUCUGUUCUCUCUGUCUGUAA